AUGGCCAAAAAAACACUAACUGAUAAAUACAAUGAAUUUUAUUAUAAUGCUACUACUGCCACUGCCACUAAUAAUAAUGAAAAAUUUUUUUUUACAUUUUCACUUGGUAACAAUUAUAAUAAUAAAAAAGAAGAUGAAUUAGAAGA